AUGUCCAAAAGGCCCCGCUCCCAGUUAGAGCAAGACACCCCAGGAGGUGUCCGCUGUGAGACACGCCCGCAGCCACCGCAGCUGUUCCUCAGUGGUGACCAAAUGGCGGUUUGUGGCCACAGCCACCCGCCCCAGGAGCGUGGGAGUCCCGUGGUGAUGAAUGAAGUGUCAGAGAUGGCCGAGAAUUACAGGAAGUUAUUCCAGGAGAUGUUGGACACAUUGAAGGAGAAACUUGAAGCAGCUAAAAUCAUACUGGCUGAUGAACAAGAAAGAAUGGUGAUGAUGCAGAAAGAGGAGCAGAAUUUUAAAGAAAUGAUUGAGACUGAAUAUAGCAUAAGGAUCCGGUUGAUAACUGAAGAAAAUGAGAUGAACUUGCGAAGCCUGCAAGGCGGAUUCAGCUUGAAUUUGACACAAACCAGUCAGAACCAACUGAUGGAGUUUGCCACCAACCUAAAGGAGAAGUUCCAGGGAACAUUACAGAGACUGAACUUUCUGGGGAGAGAGAACAUGAAGAAACUGAAGGAGAGUGAAGUCAGGCUUUCUGAACAGAUCUGCAGCCUCCAGCAGAUCACCGCGGAGCUCGAGAAGAAGUGUAGGCAGCCCGCCUCAGUGUUGCUCCAGAAUGCAAAAUAUGCUUUGGAAAGGAGUCAGUCACUACUGCAUCAGUUUCUACAGCCCGCCCAAAUCACAGACCUGAGUUUGUGCCAAAUAACAGGAAUGAGCAAAAUGCUCAAAGUGCUGCAAAGACCUAUAACUUUGGACCCUAAAACAGCUCAUCCCUAUCUGGUCUUGUCCGAGGAUCUAAGAAGUGUGAGACUUAGAAACAUGCAGCGGGGUGUACCUGGUCACCCUGAGAGAUUUGAUUUCAGCGCCACUGUGCUGGGUGUGCAGAGCUUCACCUCAGGGCAGCACUACUGGGAGGUGGACGUGGGCAAGGCGGCGCAGUGGCAGCUGGGCGUGUACAGGAGCUCUACCGUCAGAAACAGUUCCGGAAAUAAGGUCUUACUCACAGGAUCUCUCAUGGGAACCGAUCACACCUUCUGGGCUUUUCCCCCUUUCAAAAGGGUCUCCUUGAGAGAGCAAGUGCACAGAGUUGGAGUUUUCCUGGACUAUGAGUAUGAGCAGAUAUCGUUCUAUGAUGCCGCAAAGGGCUCCCUCAUCUGUAAUUUCUCUUAUCUCGCCUUCCAGGGAGCUCUCAGGCCUAUAUUUUCUCUCAGUAUCUCCAGUGGAGGCGUGAAUUCAGACUCUUUGAGUAUCUGCCUCCCUCACGUUUCUCCUUGUAAUGAUACUGUUAGCCCUCAGCCCUCUUCGGCGUGA